GCUAGCACGACACUCUGGCCUCUGCCUGCAGGGCCCAGCCAGUCCUUUCCUCAUCUGGGACAGGGAGAAAGAAGGGACCCCUGACAUCUCCAUCUGCACAGAGGCUCUAGGUGGAUUGAGCAGCCUCUUCCCUUUGGGAUGACAUCGCCUUCCAGCCCCCCAGCUUUUAGGCUGGAGAUAUCAGAUGGAGACCAAGAAGGUGGCACUGAUGGGGACAAAGGCCAGCCUGGGCCACCCCCCAUGGAGUCACCAUUUCAGGGUGAGGACCGGAACUCCUCCCCUCAGAUCAGAGUGAACCUCAACUACCGGAAGAAGGCUGAUGCCAGCCAGCAGGACCCCAACCGCUUUGACCGUGACCGCCUCUUCAGUGCUGUCUCCCGGGGUGCUCCUGAGGAUCUGGCUGGGCUACCAGAGUACCUGCGCCGGACCAGCAAGUACCUCACCGACUCGGAGUACACAGAGGGCUCCACGGGCAAGACGUGCCUGAUGAAGGCAGUGCUGACCCUUCAGGAUGGGGUCAACGCCUGCGUCCUGCCACUGCUGCAGAUCGACAGAGACUCCGGCAACCCCCGGCCACUGGUCAAUGCCCAGUGCACAGAUGAGUACUACCAAGGUCACAGCGCCCUGCACAUUGCCAUUGAGAAGAGGAGCCUGCAGUGUGUCAAGCUCCUGGUGGAAAAUGGAGCCGAUGUGCAUGCCCGGGCUUGUGGACGCUUCUUCCAGAAUGGGCAGGGAACUUGCUUCUAUUUUGGUGAGCUGCCCCUCUCUCUGGCUGCGUGCACCAGGCAGUGGGAUGUGGUGAGCUAUCUCCUGGAGAACCCGUACCAGCCCGCCAACCUGCAAGCUGCUGACUCCCUGGGCAACACUGUUCUGCACUCCCUGGUGAUGAUUGCAGACAACUCUGAGGAGAACACCAAACAGGUGGUCCACAUGUAUGAUGCACUGCUGAAGGCAGGGGCCCGCCUCUGCCCCACUGUGCAGCUGGAGGACAUCCAAAACCUGCAGGGUCUCACGCCCUUGAAGCUGGCUGCCAAGGAGGGCAAAACUGAGAUUUUCAAGCACAUCCUGCAAAGGGAGUUCUCAGGGCCAUGCCAGGCCCUUUCCAGAAAAUUUACUGAGUGGUGUUAUGGGCCUGUCCAGACAUCACUGUAUGACCUGGCCUCCGUGGACAGCUGCGAGGAGAACUCAGUGCUGGAGAUCAUCGCCUUUCACUGCAGGAGUCCAGGCUUUCGUUUUGAUUUGUUGCCCAGAAACCCCAUGCUGCUGCUGGGCCACACCUUGAUCCUCCUUGGGGGGAUCCACCUCCUCCUUGGCCAGCUAUGGUUCUUCUGGCGGCGGCGUCUGUUCAUCUGGAUCUCAUUUGUGGACGGCUACUUUGAAAUCCUCUUCCUGUUCCAGGCCCUGCUCACAGUGCUAUCCUGGGUCUUGUGUUUCAUGGCCAUUGAGUGGUACCUGCCCCUGCUUGUGUCCUCGCUGGUGCUGGGCUGGCUGAACCUGCUUUACUAUUCACGAGGCUUCCAGUACGCAGGCAUCUACAGCACCAUAAUCCAGAAGGUUUUCUGGAGGGAUCUUCCCCACUUCCUGCUGGUCUUCACAGUCUUCCUUUUCAGCUUCGCUAUAGGCCUGGUGAGCCUCAGCCAGAAAGCCCAGGUGUCCAAACACCCUGCAAGCAUCAGUGACACAGAGACCUCACAGCCUGGGUUGGAACAGAAGGACAAGGUGGCCCUUUAUAGGAACAUCCUGGUUGCUACAUUGGAUCUCUUGAAGUUCACCAUUGGCAACGGCGAGCUAGCCUUUCAGGAGAAACUGCGCUUCCCUGGGGUAGUUCUCUUCCUGCAACUGGCCUAUGUUGUGCUCACCUAUGUCCUGCUGCUCAAAAUGCUCAUCGCCCUCGUGAGGGAAACUGUCAACCAUGUUGCCACUGACCGCCAGAGCAUUUGGAACCUGCAGAAAGCCAUCUGUGUCUUGGAGAUGGAAAAUGGCUACUGGUGCUUCAGGAGGAAGAAGCAACAGCCAGGUGUUCUGCUGACACUGGGCACUAGGCCAGAUGGAAGCCCCAACGAGCGCUGGUGCUUCAGGCAUUGUGAAAACACCUGGCCUGGCCACUCAACUCGAGGAGGAGCCUCUCACAGGAAGACCACCUGCCCCUACUUGGAGGUCAACAUGGACAAGCGCAGCCACUUCUCCACUGCCUUUUUCUACCAUCAGACAUCUGCUAAAUUUGCUUUAAGGUUCCCCAGGGCCUAG